GCAAAAAUUAUCAUUUUUUUAAUUGGUCGAUGACUGAACUCUAGUGGCUUUUCGGAACGCAGAUCAUCCGUACACGUGUUUUAAUACAAAAUACAAGUAACAACCAACAGCACCUACUUUCUCCUCCGGAACUGUGUGAUUAAAGUGGCAGAUUUGACGCAUCUCCGUCCCCAAGCCCACCUCGCUCCUUGCAUGCAUAUGCAGCAGCAGUCACAGGUAAGCAGAUCCCCUAGAGAAGAUUAGACUAACGAGAGGUAUCAAUCCCUAUCUCCAUCCCCAUCUCCCACUACCCAUGCGGCCAUGCAUCAGUAAAUCAAAAUCAUAGCAGGUGAAAAAAAAGAGAGCAUGUGAGCCGAGAGAGAAACAGGAAAGGAGCAGGAAAAAAAAAGAGAGAGAGAAGAAGCCGCAGGGGCUGGCCUGACGGUACGGACAGCCGCCUGCCUCCAGCAGUAUCCAGCCGCGAAAGAAUUGAGAAGAUCCAGACCGAGCUCGACGAGGGGAGGCGCGACAAAGAAGUAUCGCCGCCACGGAAAGCUAAAGGAGUGGUUGUUCUCCACGGGGACAACAGAAAAAUGAUAUGGAGAUUUGGUUGCUUGUCCAAUUAAGAUGGAGGAUCUGAAGAAGUUUUAUCCUUCUUUCUGGAAGCAAUCUAGCAGUUCACGAAGUAGCCUGCACUCGAUCCGUGAGCAUAAGCUGAUGGAUUUGGGUUCGAGGCGCAAUCAAACCCAAGAAGUUUCCACCAAUUUCAAUAAACGCAAACCGUUCUCCGAAUCUGUGGAACUGACUUCAGAUGUUAGGACUUCAGUUUGGAGAAAAUCCGAUGCUUAUCACGGAGUGAUUGACUUGGAGAAGCCAUCGAUUUCUGGUGAUGCGAUUGAAGCUAUUGGUUGUUCUGGCUUUGGCAACCCUGCCAACCAAAAUGGCAAGUCUCAGGAUGGUUCAUGCUGUAUUUCACCAGAGAACACCUCACUUGCAGAGUCGCUUCAGUCGUGUAGAGACUGGAACAUAUCGCGUGUAAGCGUUGGUUCAGUUGGAUCUAGUGACACUCCGGAUUGCCAGUCCCCUAUCAAAACAAGUAACAAUGAAGCAAGACAUUCACUGUUUGACCUGAAUGUUCCUCAAGAAGAAAGUCUUUUUAUGUCUUCUACUCUGGUUCCUUCUUCUUCAACGUAUUGUGGAAUUUUUUCAGACAACCGUAGAGAAACUUCUGAGAAAGAGCAUAUCGCUGGUAUCAGAUCAAUGAAAGGAUCUUCCAUCACUGUGGUCACCCCCAACUCAGUUGCAGACAGUUCAAGGGAUGUGGUAACUGAAUCGCCAGUUCAACCGAAGUUUCUUUUUGACCUUAAUGUGUCACUUGAAAACACCGACAUGCCAUCAGAAAUCUGUGAUUAUAGAGAUAAGGAUGUAAAUAAUGAUGUAAGUAAAGGAACAGCACCCCGUCGUUCUUUCUCCAAUAAAGAUAGUCUGCAUGCAGAAACUUCCACAAAACAUGCGGUUCUUGGACAUGAUCAUAUGUUGGCGCACGAGGAUGAUAGUAAGGUGCUUCUCACAUCCCCAACAGCUAAUGGUAUCAAUAAGGUUCAGUUGACACAGUCUGGAACCAUUAACAAGGAGUUUUUGAUCCCUGGAUCUCCUCUUGUUGAUACAAGUUUCCCUCCAAGACUUGAGAUAUCCGACAAUGGAGCAUCGAAUAUUCAAGAGUUAAGCAUGCUUCAAGACAAGGUCGAUGGUGAUGGCACAACAGCUGAUACUGCAGCUAGAACCCUUCUUUCCAUUUUCCAGCAUAGUUCUGAACGCAUUGCUCAUUGCUUUGGAAGCAGCAACCAGACAGCAGCUCAGAACGUGAACGAUGAGCCUCAGCCUUCAUUGGACUCGUUCGAGCAAACCGUGUUGAACUUAGAGGAGAUCCAAGAUGACGGUCAAUCGAUCAAUGUGGCACCACCCUAUAUCGAAGGACCAGCAUGUCGGAUCAAGCUAAAGAGAGGGAGGGGUAUGAGAAAUUUUCAGAGGGAGAUCAUUCCUGGCCUCCUUCUAGGGAGGCAAGAGAUAUGCGAGGACUUGGAAGUUAUAGGCUAUGCGCCAAAGAAAGCUCGGUCCAGGAAACCCCGCAAGGGUCCAGGCGCAUCCUCAGCUCAACCGAGGCCGUGCAAACGUGGAGCUGUCAAGCGCUGACCAGGAGCAUCUGCAUUCCGUGGCAGGGUGCCAUAAGGCAGGCGAUUCAGAACAGGAGAGUCCAUUCUAAACCAUGUGAAUAUUCGUGUGUAUCAAGCCUAGCUUCAAACUCUGGUUUGCUGGUGACCAUUUAGUUGGGGAUAUUCUUUCCUUUCCCCUCUUGUUAUAUCUUUCCUGGAGUGAUCAGGUUGUUAGAUUCAAGAUUUUUUUUUUUUGCCUUUAUAUUUGAAAGUCUAGCGGCGAAGACAGUCAUAGUGCCACAAUGAUCAGUCUCGAAAUUCCAGGCUUAGAUCAGAGUCGACGAAGAAGGCAAGAUGGUUGUUCCUGAUGAUAACCUAGCACUUUCUAUCUUGGGUUAUACCUUGGAUUAAUGCGAAAACAGUAUACUUGCUUAGAUUAAAUUUAUCUGGGCCUGUUGACUGCUGCAUCUCAACAACAAGCCCUCACUUCAAUCCA